GAAGGAAGAGAAAUAAGCAGACACACACACUGGCAGCCACUAGGAGUGAAAAUCUCCUUGGCAGCAGUAGGCUGGAAGAAAGGACAGAAGUACCUCUGGCCAUAAUGGGAAUUUUACUGGACCUAUUCCUCCUGAGCCAUCUAACAGUGAUCGCCUGUGGACAUCCCAUCCUGGAAGCACCCGAGAACAUAAAAGGACCCUGGAAAGGGAAUGUGACUAUUCCUUGUACCUAUGGUCCCCUAAAAGACUAUACCGAAGUCAUGGUGAGGUGGUUGGUACAACGUGACUCAGAACCAGUCACCAUCUUCCAACGUGAUUCCUCUGGAGAACAUAUCCAGCAAGCAAAAUACCGAGGUCGCCUGUACAUGAGCCAGAAGAUUCCAGGGGUUGUAUCUCUCCAGCUGAAUACCUUGGAGAUGGAUGACAGAGGCCACUACACCUGUGAAGUCACCUGGAACACCCCUGAUCACAAUCAAGUGAUGAGAGAGAAGAUCAUUGAGCUUUAUGUACAAAAAUCUCCUGUCUCAAAGCCCACAGUGACAACUGACAGUAGCUAUGGCUUCACUGUGCCCCAAGGAAUGAGAAUUAACCUUCAAUGCCAGGCUUGGGGUUCUCCCCCCAUCAGUUAUGUCUGGUACAAGGAACAAACUAAUGACGAGAAACCCAUCAAAGUAUCAGCCUUGAGUACUUUAGUCUUCAAGCCUGCAGUGGUGGCCGACUCAGGAUCCUAUUUUUGUACUGCCAAGGGCCGUGUUGGCUCUGAACAACGCAGCGACAUUGUAAAGUUUGUGGUCAGAGAUUCCUUAAACGCAGUUGACAUCCAGAAGGGAGCACCUAAAAUCACAAAGGCCCCACUGGAAGCAACAACUACAGUAAACCAAUCCUGGGAACAAACUACUAAAAUGAAUGUCUACUCUGGGGAAACCAUCCAUGGGCCAAGAAAAGGAAGGAACUUGCCUAUGUAUGCCAUCAUUCUCAUCACCUCUUUGUGCUGUAUAGUUGUCAUCACCAUGGUUUAUGUCAUAUUCUGCCGGAAGACAACACAACAAGAAGAUGGCAAUGAACUAAUCAGACCUGUGCAAUGACUAGUCUGAUGAACACUUCCUGGGCCAGGAGUACCAGAUCAUCACCCAGAUCAACAGUGACUAUGCCUGCCUGCUGCAAACAGUACCCUUGGAUAAUGAGCUUCUGGCCACUGAGGACAAGAGUAUCUAUAAACAUGUUCCACUGGUCAAGUUCUGCUAAAAUAACCAUUUAUUUAGUUCCUGCCAUUUGCAUGACCUCCUUCCUUGCUAAUUCUCUGUGUGACUAGCCCUGCAAAUGUUGGGCCCCUGAGAGUGAAUUUUCCAUCAUUCCCCUCAAGCAAACUAGCUGGUGAAUUGGUCCUUGAUCCUUCUAGUAGCUUCAACUGUGGCUUCCACUGCUCUUUUUCAAACAAUAGAGAAAUGUUUACAGCCCUAAAGCUUGGGCCUCAAACCUCUAGAUACCACCAGAAGACCAGAGACUAAACUCUGCCAGUUCAAGAGACCAACUAUGUACAUGAUCACUUCUCUUUCUCAAGGGCCAGACUACAUGUAUCUUUUUUUUUUAACAGAACUGGUGAUUGAACUCAGGCCCUUGUGCUUGCCAGGCAAGCGCUUAUUCUACUGAGCCAUCUCCCUGGCCCAUGACUAUGUUUAUCUGAGAGUGUCAUGUUACAAGCAAGGGUUCUGUUCUGCUCUGUACUAUGAAUCCAGUGUUCUGACUUUCUUUCAGUACUCAAUAAAUAUCUCAUCAUGA